CCGGCCUCUAUUUACUCUUUCAAUCAGUGCGAGUGUUUGCCCCUGGCCGGCGUGCACGCGCGGGUGAUGCGCUAGCCAUGAUCUCGCAGAAGCUCUCGUACGGCGACGUGCCGACGUCCGCGUCGCUGUCCUCGCUGUCGCCGGGCCUGGCGCCCCCGUACGUCAACGGCAUGGGCUGCAUGCCGGCGCAGCCCUACCCCAACCUGUACUCCAACAACAUGGUGGCGGGCGGCUCGUGCAUGGGCUCCCCGGGCGUGGGCUACAGCCCGCCCAGCACCAUGGCGUCCUGCAUGGGCGGCGGCGGCGCCGUGCCCUACGGCUCGCUGCCGCGCGAGCAGGAGGCCGCCUCGCCCACCUCGGCGCUGCAGCGCGCGCGCAACGACAAGACCUACCGCCGCUCCUACACGCACGCCAAGCCGCCCUACUCCUACAUCUCGCUCAUCACGAUGGCCAUACAGAACAACCCCUCGCGCAUGCUCACGCUCUCCGAGAUCUACCAGUUCAUCAUGGACCUGUUCCCCUUCUACCGACAGAACCAGCAGCGCUGGCAGAACUCCAUCCGCCACUCGCUGUCGUUCAACGACUGCUUCGUGAAAGUGCCGCGCACGCCCGACAAGCCGGGCAAGGGCUCCUUCUGGACGCUGCACCCCGACAGCGGGAACAUGUUUGAGAACGGCUGCUUCCUGCGGCGGCAGAAGCGGUUCAAAGACGAGAAGAAGGAGUCGAUCCGUCAGGCGCAGAAGGCGCACACGGGGCACGGGCACCACGGCGGCGCGCACGAGAAGCGCGGCGAGCACGCGCACGAGAAGGGCCCGGGCGGCACCCCCGCCGGCGCCGAGGACAAGGAGAUGCGCGACGAGCUGCUCGCGCAGCUGCACGGCGCGCCCGAGCUGUGCCUGCCCGAGCACACACCGCUCGCGCUCGAGCACUACGCGCAGCUCAAGCAGGAGCCCACGGGCUACGCGCCGGCGCAGCACCCCUUCAGCAUCACGCGCCUGCUGCCCGGCGCCGACACCAAGGCCGACCUCAAGAUGUACGACGUGAACUACGGCUACGGCCACUCGGCCGACAACUACUACCAGUCGCCGCUGUACCACCACCACCACGCGCACGCGCAGCCGCCCUUGUGACAGUACCCGCUGGCGUAGGGCGGGCGGCGCGCCUGGUGCGUGCCGCAGGGCCCGCCCGCGCCCUAGCCAGCGCCUCUGUGGACUCCAAGUGAGCUCUGUGUUCUGGUGAUAUUACUGCGCCCGCGCCGCCGCGCUCGUCCCCAACGCGCUGUAUAUUGUGUAAAUAUUCGCGAUUAUUUUAAACGAGUCCAUUUUGUGUGCGUUUUAUUAGUAGGUUAUAGAUGUUUAGUGCACGGUGGACGAUGUGGGACGUGUCGGGGCGGGCGGCGGCCGCGCGAACUUAGGCCUAAAAUGUUUUGUGGAACUUCUGAGAAAGUGUCCUUUAUAGUCAUUAUGAUCGGUUUUCCCUUGUAUACCAACUCUUAGCUGUACGGUUUUGUAUGGAAUUGGCGGAGCUUUGUCCGUGUAAGUCGCCUACUCCAGUUAGAUAACCGCGAGCGUGUCGCGAUCAAUACCUUAUCGAAUGUUUAUCUGUUGUUGUUUAGAUAAAUUGUUGUGUGGCGCGUUGAUGUCUUUUGCUUAAAUAAACACUGUGAUUUAGUUCCUCCGCUAUAGACUCUCAAUAAAUAAACUCAUUCUGAGAGAAGAACUAAAUCAGUAAAGUCAGGCACAAAGAAAUACUCACUGUUAUGAGUCUCAUGAUUCUGUUACAAGAUGUGGAAACCCAGUGAUUCACAUUAAACAUACAAUAUCUAAAGUACUGAUACCAAUUUAAAUAACAGGAAAAUUCUCUAAAACAAAUAAAUAAUAAUCUAAACAUAAUUAUUCUGUCAGAGAUACUUUGCAAACAGACAUCAAAAAGUUUUUUUCGACAAAACCUACAAACAAAAAACAACACAAACAAAUCGUCAAGAGUUGGUAUACGACGGAACGAGAAGUGACGUCAUAUCGUGGACGGUUCAACUGUGCAAUGUCUGUGUAACAAAUUGUGUAUAAAAUUUUAAAAUACAAUAUAUAUAUAAAUAUUAAAUAUAAAUUAGAUAGGCGAAAAUGGAAUCUGAGUUCUGUCAUCGACCAUCGAUAGGAGUGUAGAUAAGUUUUGUAUAUAUACUCGUAAGAUAAUUAUAUGACUCUAAAUAACGGUGUUUGGUGUAAGAUAGGUACCUAUCUCGGCUUCUGCACAUUCAAUUUGAAUAUAUAUUUAUAUGCAAGCGUCAAUUUAGCAUUUAUGUCAUCAUUGGCAAGCGCGUGAGGUGAGUUCUAAUUUUCUUUCUUUUAUUUAACACAACUUAAAUAUAUUCCGAAUUUUAACAAUAUCGAAUUCUAACAAAAUAAUAAGAAUUUAUAUACCAAUGUCGCGGUCACAGGGUUAAGUACGUUUCUUUCUGAUUUCUUUGAUAACAUAUCUUGUUUUAAAUUGUCGCUAACAUGAUUUUUACUGACGCAUAUAAAUUUUAAUAUACAUAAUUAUGAUUUUUGCCAUCAGACAUUUCACUACGUUUUUCACCGAUUGAGUAUUUUAUUUUCUAAUUAUGUAUUAUUAUUUUUGACACAUUUUUGAGCCCAAAUUAAAAACUUCAUAAAUAUUGUUAUCAUAAACAAAAUCAUAUUUGCCUAAAUUCAAAAAAUGGUUUAUAAAAAUUGACCCAGAAUUAAUACAGCUUCUUCAAAUGACACUAAAGUGACAAGGAUGUUACACUGACGGGAGGCUGUCAAAUAUAUCGUAAUAAUGACGUUUGCCUUGGCCACACCAAUUAAGAUGAAACGCCUUGAAAAUAACCUCAGUUCUGUAUAGAGGUCUUAUAUGUUACGUGUAAAACCUUCUUCGUAAAUAUUGGUUUUAUUUUUAAAGCCGUCAAUUUGUGUUUUGAAUAUUUUUGGGUCAUUUUUUCUUCAGUUUAUUUUGAUAUGAUAUUUGUCAACUUAUGUAUUUGAGGGUUAAAAAUACUGAUAUUCAAAUGAACUCAAGUACAGACUUAGGUACUUAGAAAAGGAUGGCUUAAGUUUCAUUAAUUCAUACAAAAACUUGUUCAAAUAUACUUUGUUUAAUUAUCAUUCAUUAACAUGAAAACUAUAAUUUAAUUCCUGCAGAAUAAAUUAUAGAAACAUACAAAAUAAUGGCAGAAAAGUUUUAUAUAAAACCAAUUUUAUUUAAUAUUGUCAAAUUAAUAUUUUGUUUAAGAAUAACAUACGAAUUUUAUUCUUUUAAAAAUUAUAUACAUUGCUCAAUUUAAGUUAGGUUCAUUAUUAUUUUGAAAUGUACACAUUUAUUAAAAAAAAUGGACCUCACACGCUUUCCAAAAAGCUUUGGUUUUUAAGCACUUUUUGAUAGGUGUGCUAAAUUAAUUCUUGUAGCUAUAAAUACAUAUUUAUGUCGUACUACUCGAAUCUAGAUAGGAUACUUAUAUAUCAUCUGUUAGUUUCAGAAUUAAUAAAAUUAAGUAUUUACAAAUUA